CAUACUCUCACAACAUACUACCACACACCCAAGUCCCAUUCUCCUCCUCCGCCUCCGCCGCCUCCAUGUCGGAAAAAGUAUGCGACCACCACGACACCGCGCGACGCAAUAGGGUGAGGCGGUGCGCGGCGGCCCUCCUAACCUUCGUCUUCAUCGUCCUCCUCGUCGUCCUCCUCGUGUGGGCAAUCCUCCGGCCGAAAAAGCCGCGGUUCACCCUCCAAGAUGCCACCAUCUUCAACCUCAACAUCUCCGCCGCCAACGUCAUCUCCGCCACCGUCCAAGUCACCGUGCUCUCCCGCAACCCGAACGCCCGCAUCGGCGUCUACUACGACCGCCUCAGCGCCUACGCCACCUACCGGAGCCAGCAGAUCAGCUACUCCACGGCGAUCCCCGCCGUCUACCAGGGCCACAAGGACGUCAACGUGUGGUCCCCGUUCCUGUAUGGGGUCGACGUCCCUGUGGCCCCCUACAACGGCGCCGCCCUGGCGCAGGACCGCGCGGACGGCGCCGUGAGCCUACUCGUCAAGAUGAACGGCCGCGUCCGUUGGAAGGUCGGGUCGUUCAUCUCCGGCCGCUACCACCUCCACGUCGUCUGCGCCGCCUAUAUCCCCGUCGGAAAUAGCAAGAACAGCGGCAUUGUUGUCGGAAAUUCAGUUAAAUAUCAGCUUUCACAGAGAUGUAGUGUUAAUGUUUGAUUCAUUUUCAUUUGAUGGAAAUAAUGUGGGAGAUUAUCAGGUGAAUGUAGAAAUUUGCAAUCUUGUAUUAUUACACUUGAUUGAUCAAUGAUUAUGAUGAUUAAAAAUUA